GUUUGAAUUUUCAUUUCUCAUAUUAUGCACUGUAAAUAUUAUAGUAGAAAUUUAUUAACUAAUCAAACAUUACAGUGACAGUAACUCUAUUAAAUUUUAUUUUUUAACUAGUUAACUUGUAAAGAAUAUAUCUAUGAUUGCGUCAUUCUUGUAUUUUUUGAUUAAAUCCCAAUGUGGCUGUGAAUUUUAGGUUAUAUUAUGAUAAAUAAAUAGUGCACCUCUGAAGUUUAAAGUAAAAUUGUUUACUGUAAAAUUGUGUAUAUAGUAAUUAAUAGUAAUUGUUGACAUUGUUACUGCUACUUAAUUCUGUGGAAAUGUCAAUUUUAAGGAGUUUUAGCAGGUGUUUGAAAAGGUUUACGCAACCUGCAUUUUCACAUUACUACUGCACGAAUGUACCCGAUUCGAAUGCUGAUUCUGAGGAUGUUUCCGUCACUCAGAACAGAAAUGGAAUUGUAUGGAUUGAUAUGGAGAUGUCAGGAUUAGAUGUUGAUAAGAAUCGUAUACUUGAAAUCGCAUGCUUGAUCACAGAUGAAAAUUUAAAUGUUAUCAGUGAUGAAUUUCAAGCUGUUUUGUACCAGCCAGAUACGGAAUUGGAUACAAUGAAUGACUGGUGUCAAAAUAAUCAUGGAAAAACUGGACUUAUUGACGCUUGUAAAAAAAGCGCAGAGACUGAAGAUGCAGUUGAUAUCAACCUUUUAUACUUCAUGAUGAAAUAUAUACCCAAGGGAAAAUGUCCAUUGGCAGGAAACUCUGUUUACGUUGACAGACUAUUUCUUCGUAAAUAUAUGCCUGUUUCCAAUGAUUAUAUACACUAUAGGAUAAUCGACGUGUCUUCCAUUAAAGAAGUUGUUAAACGUUGGAAGCCUGAAAUGUACAGUAAUAUACCUAAAAAGGAGUUCAAUCAUAGAGCACUAGAUGACAUUAAAGAGAGUAUACUAGAAUUAAAAUUUUAUAAAGAUAAUGUCUUUAAUGCGAGUACAAAGGGCUAGGCAGGUUUUGUUAAAAUAAAUUAUUAAGUUUGUAUAAAUAUAUUCCCACUUUUUCAUGAUUGAGUUGGUCUCACCACUCCCAGAAUGUAUCUACUGACGAUUUACAUAUAGUACGGGGGAUAAGGGAUUCGAAAUCGCGUGCGAGUAGUAACGGCCGAGUCCGGCGAGACUCCCAUUUCGCAUCGGAAAAAACGCAUAAAACACGUACUUGUGCACAACAUCUAGUUAGGCACAUUGCGCAAGAGAUUGAAAAAUAACAGCGCCAAGGUCCUCGAAAGUAUAUACCGCACGCGGAAGAGAGUGAGUAGAGAAGAGCUCGUAGAAGAGGCUGCAGAAUGCACAUUCAUCUCAAUGAGCUACAAGUAAAACGGCAUUAUCCGUCAUCCAGAGACUUGGCAUCGGCUCCGCGCGGAGUACUUACAGUUGUAUAAAUGCGGAGCAUUACUUAUCGCGAGUUUCGGCGCGCAAUGCGCAAAAAGCUCAAAAAGACGGAGUCUAUGUCAGCGGGGCUGGCACCGCAAACGCAAGUUCCGCACCUCAGUCUCCGUCCUCCGAGAGCUUACGUGCUGCACGUGUUGUCCCGUAAGCUCUCGUGACCGUGCAAGCGACCGUCACAGGCAGACCGGAUGCUUUCUGAAGCCUCGAGAAGCGCGCAGUAUAUGAGCUAGCCUAGCGCGUCUGACGUCAGAGCGUAGCAUCCGAUAGGAUAUGCGCGGGAGAAAGAGCGAGAGAGAAAGGACUCGCUCGCUCCGUCGCACAUCAUGCGUACUCGGCUUUCGGCUCGCUCAGCAUAGCCGCGAGUACCGUCCGCGCGGCGGCGGCGGCCUGUUGCCAGUUAUUGAUCUGGCACGAUUAAACAACACUGCAUUGCCGUGGUAUCGCUCGUGCUUGCGCGGCGGUGGAAAACACACACACACACACACACACACAUUUCGCGCGGCCGCCACGCUCAGCUCUCCCUCUCUCGCAUCGGAGAGCCAGAGUGUACUAGCUCUACAUAUAGAUAUAGAGCGCGCGAGUAGCGCGGAGCCGUGGAGGGGAAGGAGAAGCGCGCCCGCGCACUACUGGCCCGAAGAGGGCCGAGACGGCUGGCUCUGGUAGUGCGCCAGUCGCGUGAAAAUCGCUGCUGUCAGUGGCUCUCGUUGUCGUCGUCGUCGUCUUCGUCGUGCGUGGCUCUAGAGCAGCAGCAGCAGCAGACGCUUCUCUCGCGCGAGUGCGAGCGGGAGCGAAGAACAGGAUCGGCAUCUCUCUGGGCAGUUGCAGUGCUCUGUUGGCCGACACACACACACCCACGUGCGCCGCGCAGAAGGUCGUGUCCGCUGCAGCAGCAACCGAAAAUGCGGAACAAGUAGAGAGAGAGAGAGAGAGAGAGAGAGAGAGAGAGAACGGGCUCUGCCUGCGCGCGCUCUCCAGAGCACACACGCGCACACGUAUAUAAUACUCGCGCGCGCACACACGUAGGAGCGCGCGAGACAAGCUGUGCGAGCCGUGCGAGGGGGAAGGAAAAUAAGGCGCAGCGGCACAAGGCCGAGAGAGUCGUCGUGAGUGUGUCGUAUACGAGCACCUACACCUGCGCGCGGAGCGGAGGAGGAUGUCGCCGAGGAGGUCCGCCCGUUGCAGCCCAAGCUCAGCGCCGACGUCGUGUUCCGGGCAGCUGGAGCUGCUGCCGCUUCGCCGCCGAUAGUGAACUCGUCCUCGCUCCUCUGCGUCCGGUCAUUAUAACCUGACACUCGCCGCGUCUCCCUCCAGUUUUCCGAUCGUCGAGUGACACUCGUGCGAAGAAGAAACCGCGUGAACUCAAACGGACUGCGUCAGCUGCGGCAAAUUGUCGAACUGGAAGCCAGACUCACCGGCGGACGAGCCGAGGAUCACAUGUGAUCGCGUAUCGAGGACGAACUCGAGUGCAGCAGCAGCAGCAGCAGGCAAGAUGAAGAAGUUCACUUUCAAGGGGGUGCUCGACGGCUUCCGAUCCUCCGUAGCUCAACAGGUUAACAGGCCCGAGCAGGAGAUCGUCGAGACGCUGCGCUCCGAGCACUUCCAGGUCAAGAAGACAUUCAGGCAUGGCUUUCCGCAUCAGCCGAGCGCUAUGGCAUUCGACCCGGUACAAAGGUUACUGGCUAUCGGCACUAAAUCAGGAUCGCUGCGGAUAUUGGGCAGGCCGGGGGUGGACGUGCACGUGAAGCACGACGGCGGCUGCGCGGUGACGCAGCUGCAGUUCCUCGUGAACGAGGGCGCCCUCGUAUCCGCCACCGAGGACGACACCCUUCACCUAUGGAAUUUUCGCCAGAAAAUACCGCAAGUAGUUCAGAGCCUCAAGUUUCAGCGAGAAAGAAUAACCUGCAUGCACCUGCCGUUGCAGAGCAAGUGGCUGUACGUCGGCACCGAGCGGGGCAACAUACACGUCCUCCACAUCGAGACUUUCGUAUUGUCGGGCUACGUUAUCAACUGGAACAAGGCCAUCGAAGUCUCGAGGAAGACGCAUCCAGGCCCGGUCGUGCACCUGAGCGAUAAUCCCUUGGACCUAAGCAAGAUGCUGAUAGGCUACGAGUCGGGCCAAAUCGUAAUCUGGGACCUGAAGACCAAGGCCGCGGAGUUUCGAUGGCAGAGCGACGAGCCGCUCAGGUCAAUAUCUUGGCACCACGAAGGCAAGCAAUUUAUGUGCAGUCACACCGACGGCUCCCUCAGCACGUGGCUCGUUCGACAGCCGAAGCCCAUUAAUGUCACGCAUCCUCACGCGAAAAACACGAAGGACGGCAAGCCGGAGCCGUGCAAAGCCAUUCAGAAAGUCGAGUGGAAGCUCUCCCGAUCGGGGGAGGCGUACGUGAUAUUUUCCGGAGGAUUGGCUUACGACACGACCGGCAGAACGCCCAGCAUCACCGUCAUCCAGGGCAAGACGACGACGGUUUUGGAAAUGGAGCACAACGUUGUUGACUUUAUCACGCUCUGCGACAGCCCCUGGACCAGCGACUUCCAGGACCCGUACGCGGUGGUGGUGCUGCUGCAGAACGACCUCGUGGUGAUCGACCUGCUGACCUCGGGCUUCCCCUGCUUCGAGAAUCCCUACCCCAUGGACCUGCACGAGUCGCCGGUCACCUGCUGCGCCUACUUCGCCGACUGCCCGGGCGAUCUCGUGCCGGCCUUCUACUCGGUCGGCUCCAAGAGCCAGAAGAAGACGGGCUUCAGCGAGAAGGAGUGGCCGGUCAGCGGUGGCGAGUGGAGCCCCAACUCCAGCGGCUACAACGAGAUCAUUCUCACGGGGCACGCCGACGGCAGCAUUAAGUUCUGGGACGCCUCGGCCGGCACGCUGCAGGUGCUCUACAAGCUCAAGACGGCCAAGCUGUUCGAGAAGAGCCGGACGCGCAGCCUGGACAACGACGAGGAUCCCCUGGCGAUCCAGCUGAUAUUCCUCUGCCCCGAGAGCCGCAAGCUCGCGAUCGUCGGGGCCGGCAGGCACGUCGUGCUCUUCAAGUUCAAGAAAGUCGAGAGCAUGUCCGAAGUAGUGACGCUGAAGGUAAUGCUGGCCGACCCGUCGAAGGACACCGAGCGCUCGCCCGACUUCGACUUCUCCAACACGAGCGACGAUCCCGAGGCGAACUUCGAGAAGAACCAGCCGCUCAAGGUGAAGACCGGCCUGCAGAAGCGCGCCGCCGGCUUCCAGGCGACCCUCGUCUGCCUCACCCACGGACCCAACGGCGAGCUUCCCGAGAGCAUCACCGCCCUCAGCUUGAACUCGUCCUACGGACUACUGGCCUACGGCAACGACACGGGCCUCGUGGUGGUCGACAUCGUGCAGAAGGUCUCGCUGCUGGUGAUGUGCACGUCGGACCUCGGGGGCAGUGGCGACCCCCAGCGCGCGCUCCGCAGCCCCAAGCGCCAAGAGGACGCAGCCGCGAAGCGCGACGCCGACGACAAGGCCAGGAGUCCGAGCAUAGAUCAGCAACAGCAGCAAGUAGCCGAGGAGAAGGACGGCGGAGGUAGCGGCGGAGGCGGUGGAGGCUUUGGAUGGAAGAGCUUCAAGCUGAAGCGACAGCAAAGCAAGGCCGAGCUCAAGAGUAAGGCGACCACGCCGACGUCCACCUCCCAAGAUGCGCAUGCCAGCCUGCACAUCGCCGCCAACAACAGCGUCGGCAGCCAGCAGCAGCAGCAGCAGCAGCAGCAGCAGCAGCAACAGAAAUCGUCGAGUGAUAACACAAGGACGUUGUCCCCAGUGCAAAGCAUAGAGCUAGAGUCGCCGCAGUCGCCCGAAGCGCGCGAACCGGCGAACGACCGGGUGCCGGAAGUGGGCAGCCGAGCCUCGGACUUCCUGCGUCGCGCGACGAGCAACGACGCCGCGACCUGUCUGACGGCCGGCAGGUCUCGCAGCGAGGAGCAGCAGGACCAGCUGCACCGGCCGACGAAUCUGGCGCUGAAUAGCGAGGCCGCGGCCGCCGCCGCAGCAACAGCAGCAGCAGCAGCAGCAGCCGCCGCAGCGCCGAUCAAGCCGCCGAUGCGCUUCAAGCGGGUGGUCAAGAGCUUGCAGGCCAAGCGGGCCGAGGCCAAACGCGCCGAGGGCAGGCUGCUCUCGGUGCCCAACAUUAAGUAUCAGAAGGACUCGCCCAACGAGGCGGCCGGCGCUCAGGCGCUGCUCGCUGCCGGCCCCGCCGGCCCCGCCGACUCCGCGUCGACCUCGAGGUCUAGGAGCGACGCCUACUCCUCCUCGAGCGCGCACCACCGCAAGCACGCCGAGGACGCGAGCAGCAAUUUCUUGAGAAGAUUCAUUAUGUUCCUUGAUCCAAUCACGUGGGGGAUGCAUGGUGUCAUGACAUGGUUUUGGUUUUGUGGAACUUGUCUAAUCAACUACAAACCCGACAGUUCAUUCCAACGAUCUCGUAGCUCGAGUAUGUCCUCGCUGGAAAACAUUGCCACUGAAACCGUCAGCUGCCUUACUUUUGCCGAUUCCUACACGAAAAAGAGCGAUUCCAAUGCCUUACCGACUUUAUGGAUUGGCACGUCUUCAGGUUCCGUACAAACUAUUGUGUUUAACACACCUGCCUCUGGUGACAGACACGCACAGCCUGUGAUUAUUUCUAGUUGUAAUGCCUCUACGUUUAAACUGAAGGGCUGUAUUUUAACGAUGUCCUUUUUGGAUUGUAACGGAGCUUUGAUUCCUUAUUCCUACGAAUCCUGGAGGGAUGAAAAUACAGAUGCCAAGGACCGCAACACUCGUUUUACAGAGAACCAAGGGAAAUUUUCGAGUACGCGGAUGUCACCCUCAAUUAAUUCCCAAGGAUCCGGUACGGACGGCUACGAGGACAGGCAAUUUGUCGUGCUGACAUCCGAGAAGCAGGCCAGAGUUGUCGCUCUUCCGUCGCAGAACUGCGUCUACAAGCAGCAGCUAGCCGAGACGCACGUGGUCAUCAAGGCAGAAAUAACGUCGAUGAAAGACAGCGUCUGCCUGGUUUGCUACGUCUCGAACGGUCACGUAUGCACCUACACUCUGCCGAGUCUGAGGCCACUGAUGGACGUCGAUUUUGUACCAGUCUCCGACUUGAGUUUUCAGACUACUAAACACGGCAUAAAAGACCCCAUGUUGUCCAUAUGGGGUCAUCAACUCUUUGUUAAUGGCGAUACCGAUCAAAUCUCGAGGACCCUCUGCUUCAGCAACAGAGGCCACGGACUCUACUUGUCGUCUCCCGCUGAAAUUCAAAAGUUCACCGUUUCCAGCGAAUUCUGCGCCGAGCUGACGGAAAUGAUGGGCGAUCUAUUCAUCGGACAGGACAUGCCCGAGCCGCCGAAGGAGAGCUUCUUCAAGGGCCUGUUCGGCGGAGGCACCCGCAGCGUCGAUCGCGAGGAGCUCUUUGGCGAGGCGAGUGGCAAGGCUUCACGGACCAUCGCGAACCGCAUACCCGGACCCGACGCAAACACCCAGGGAAUCAGGGAACGAGUGUCCACCGCCACGAACGAGGUCGCAAUGGCUCAUCAGAUGGUCGUCGAGCGCGGUGACAAGUUGUCGCAGCUGGAAGAUCGCACGGCCCGGAUGAUGAACGAGUCGGAGAACUUCGCCUCGUCGGCCCACACGCUCAUGCUCAAGUACAAAGACAAAAAGUGGUACCAGCUAUGAGAGCUAAGCUCCAGUCGAGGCUCCAGAGCCUGUUGAGCAUCAUCGUCACCAGCGGCUUCGUCGCUGCUACACACGACAAGCAACCGAUUUACCAGAGCCUGACGCGAUCAUCAAGGCCGUGCGAGCGACUCUCCACGCCGCGUCCUCGAACCUCCUCCAAGAUAAAUCUUCACCACCUGCGUAUAUAACGAAUGAAAAAAGUAUAAAAAAACUACAUGAUAUAUCGAGUAUAUAUAUAUAUAUAUAUACACACAAAGAAUAUGAAUAUGAAUAUUUCACGCGCCUUCUAUCUCUCUCUCUCUCUCUCUCUCUCUCUCUCUCUCUCUCUCUCUCUCUCUCUCUAUCAUACACACACUGGCGGAUCUCAGAGUUCUGUCGUUGUUACAUAUAUGAAUAUAUAUAUUUACAAAUAAAUGUAAAGAGAGGAUCAGGGAGAUGAACUAUCACGCACACGUUUCGACGACAGAAUAGAGAGAGGAGGUACGGGAUUUUUAAUGUUGAUGCAAGACGAGAAACUAUAGGAGAACAACUCUCAUGGUGCAUUUUUGCCGGCGAUUAUUGUAGUCGAAAGAAGCAUAAGAGGUGUUUUUUCGAAAGGGCUGACACGAGCCAACGCACAUAAUGUUAUAAGCAAAAUAAAAUAAAGUAAAAAAAAAUAUAUGCAAAUGCAGCGUGGUCGCGGAGAUGGCACUAAAGUGCGGGCUUUGCGAGAGACGUCGCCCCGUAAGUUUAUUUUUCCUCCCGGGGGAAGGAGGAGGAGAGAGCAUGAGGGAUGAGAAGUUGCGGCGGUGCGCGCGGACUCGCUUAUUAUUGUCUGCAAACGGACGGACAAGAGUAGAAUUUUAAACAUAUUAAGUAACAACCAAGACACUGGGAGGCUGUAAUUACGAUAAACUAUGUCAUCCAGUUAUAUACAGGUUGCAUAUGUAUUUCACGCAUAAUUAUACACUGACACGCACACACAGACACACUCGCAGAAAUGAAGGAGAUGUGAAAUUAUACUUAUAUAUCAAUUUUAAGGAAUGAAACAAGUAUAUAUAUAUAUAUACAUAUGAAUAUAUAUAUAUACUCACACACAUAAUUAUAGACAUAAUGGAUACUUCGAGAGGUGCGUGCGUAUGAAAGAAUCUGAUGAUUACUGAGACGACGACAUUUGGUGACUAUAUGUAGCUAAUGAUUAUUAUUGUACGAGUCAAUACGAAACAAAAGAAAACACACAAACUACACACUGAUCCAUUGUUUUGAUAAAUCAUCUCGAUUACAAAUGAUAAAAAACAAAUAUUAUAUAUAAAUAUAUAUAUACAUAUAUAUACAUAGUUUAAAGGAAAAAUAAAAAAAAAAAGAUCGAUGAGAUCCGUUGAUCCAUUCGGACGUCCUGUGAAUGGGAAACAAAUUGCGCUUGCGAACCUUGUGGAAGGCUAGCAAGGGGAUGGCACACGCACUGAGAAACUCGAUGUCGAAAAAAUGCUUCUUUCGCGCAAUCAUACAUACAAAACCUCGAGCUCGCACAGAACACCGAGGCAACACUUUAAAACGCUAUUCAGCCAAAUGUUGCCAAGACAGGCAGAGUAUGAACAGUAAUAAAGAUUAACGCAAGAAUAAGGCGGUUAGAUAAUAUUUGUUUAAAAAACCAGAUGCGAGCUUAGGUGAAUGAAAUGAAAAAGUCUUUAAGUUGUUGGGAUAAGCACACAAAAAAACAUGGUACACAGAGUAGUGAAGCCUGUAUUCGUUUAAUUAUUAUCUUUACUAUUUAUUAAUAAUUUUAAUUAAUUAUAAUUAUAAUUAUUAUUAUCAUGCUUGCAAAGGCUAAACAAAAAAAGAGGAUGAAAAAUAUGUUGAAAAAGGCCUCAGCAGUGACGCUACUCCGAAUGUAUUGACAAUAAUCGACUCAUGGCCGAGCGUUCGUGAAGAAUAACGUAGAGAGAAAGAAAAAAAAUACAUGAAAUAUAAAUGUCGCUUCGGUUGUGAAUUUUCAGCACGACAUUUCAAUGAACCAUGCAGCAAAAAAGUAAAAGGAAGAGGAGAACAAAUUUUUAGCAUGCCAUAACGCGAAAGCAAAAAGGGUCGUAGUUACUUAAAAAAAAAAAAAAAGAAAGAAAAUAAAUUAAUACGGGAGACUAAAAAAGUCGUAGUUACUGCUAGACGUGUUAUGUAUAUAACAGUAUUGAUAUAGUAGAGGCAACAGUACGUUACAUAAAAGAAAACAUUAACUUGAAAAAAUGUGUUGUAAGUUGCGCUACUUCAGCGUCAGCUGUAAAUUCGAUUGGAUUCGCCGUGCGCUUACCGAGAGACUUCGAGAGAUACGAUAUGCGCGUUUGUGUAGAAAUAAUUAAAAAUAUGAGAAAAAGGAUGGUUUUAGUCCUGCGCAUGCAUCUUGUUGAGUAUAAAGACAAUAUUUAUGCGUUGAUAUAUUAGAAAAAAAUAUUGUCGACGAGAUGGUUGUGAUAAAGUCUUCACGACAAGCGACGAAUGCAGAAAACGGUUCUUUCUUUCAGUGGAACGCGAAAACUAAAUGUGAUUCAUUAAAGGUUAAAGUAAAAUAUUUUUCAAACCCAUUUGUUAAUUUUAUUAAGAGUCAAUAACAAUUUUUAGAAUACGAUGAGUAUAUAAUAUACAUAUAUAUUAAGAAAAUCGUUUGUAGUUGACGCGAGCAAAAGCACUAUAGUCUAGUCUUAAAGAGAUUUAUUUUUAAUUAAAUGAUACUUGCCGUUAAUUAUGUUGAAGUUCGCAGAUUGUUAUGAAUAAUAAGUUAACUUUGAUGAAGCAAUGGUUAAGAAUAUUAUAAAGAAAAAAAAUGAAAAUUUUUACAAAAACGUUUACCACCAAUAGUGGCAGGAAAUAAUUACUGUGAAGAAAUUCUGUAUUAUUAUUGCGUCGAUAACUUGCAAUCAGCACGCACGAGUAAUAUAUUUUUUUGUAAACGCAUGUAGCACAACAAAUCAAACGAUUGCGUUCAGUUAAUAUUAUUCAGUUCCUAGAAGAUUCUCACGAUCCUCCUCGAGAAUUGUAUAUAUGGUUGAUAAAAUAAAACAAAACAAACACUAUAUAACGACGUAGGGCACAGCCAAAACGACGAGACUAAAUUUUUGAUGGCGGACGAAGCAGUAAGAUAAUGCACGCGUGGGUGUCUUCGCGCGUCACGAUACGCUGUAUCAUCCGACCUAUUGUUAUACAUUUUUGUCCCGCGCAGGUUCGCUUCUUUCCUUAUAGCUUCUUGCUGCACUUGCGAUCACUUCUGCCCGAAUUUGCGUUUUUUGUUUUCGAGAAAAAAAGUUAGCAGUUCGCAAAGCUUUGAGUAGCAUGCAGUAGGGUCGAGAGUUAUAACCGCGCGCGCGCUCGCGAUGAUAUGUGUUUUUACGGUCGUUGAAAGUUGUCUCGUGCACAUCGCGGAUCCAAUUGGAUUUAUGGCGACUUGGAAACACCGUACUGCUUCCAUAGCAAUAACUGUAUAGUCGAUGUUAAUGAUCUAGUCGUCACACGUAUAAUGAAAAAAAGCAAAGCUAAAAUGCUCUAUAUACGUUCCCACUCCCCCUCUCUCCAAAGAGAUGAAUAAAAAACGCAAAAAAAAAAAACAAACAAACAAACA